AUGGGGGGUGGUUUGUGGGUUUUAGUGGUUUGUUUUGGGGGGUUUGUUGUGGGGUGGUUUGAGGGUGGUUGGUGGGUGGUUGUGGGGUGGUUUGUGUGGUUGUGGGGGUGGUUUUGGGGUGGUUGUGUUGUGGUUGUGGGGUUGGUUUUGGGGUGGUUGGUGGGGUGUUUUUGGGGUGGUUGGUGGGGGGUGGGGUUGUGGGUGGUUGGUGUGGGGUGUGGGUGGGGUGGGGGGGGUGGAGGGGUGUGGUGGGGGGGUUGGUGGGUGGGGGGGGGAGGGGGGGGGGGUGGGGGUGGGGGGGGGGGGGUGUGGUGGGGGGUGGGGGGAGUGGAUGGUGAGUGGGGUGUUGGGGUUGGGGGGGGGUGUGGUUGGUUUUGUGGGUGGGGUUGGUGGGGGGUUUUGUGUGUUGUUUGGUGGUGGUUUUGUUGGUGGUGGGGUUGGGUGUGGGGUGGUGGUGAGGUGGUGUGGUGGUGGGGGGUGUUGGUGGUGGGGGUGGUGGGGGGGGUGUUGGUGUGUGUGGGGGGUGGUAGUUGGGUUGGUUUUUGGGGUGGGGUGUUUUUAUGUUAUGGUGUGGUUUGGGGGUGUUGGGUUGUUGGUUGUGUGUUGGGUGUGGGUUGGGGGUGGGGGGGGGUGGGGGGUGAUUUGUGGGUGGUUUUGUGGGGGGGGGGUGUUGUGGUUUUUGUGUUGUUGGGGUGGUUGGUGUGGGGGGUUUGGUGGGUUGGGAGGGUUUUGGUUUGUGGGUGGGGGGGUGGGGGGGGGGGGGGUGGGGGGGGUUUGGGGGGUGGGAGGGGGGGUGGUUUUGGGGGUGGGGGUGGUUGUGUUGGGGUGGGUUGGUUUGUUGGGGGGUUUUGUUGGUGGGGGGGGGGGUGUUUGGAGUGGUUGGUUUUGUUAUUGGGGGUGGGUGGGGGGUGGGGUGUGUUGGGGUGUGGUGGGGGGGGGGGGGGGGGGGGGGGGGGGGUUUGUUUGUGUGGGGGGGUGGUUUGGUUUUGUUGUUGGUGGUGGUGGGUUUGGGGGUGUGUUUGGGGGGGGGUGGUGGGGUUGUUUUUGUGGGUUGUGGGGGGGGGUGGUGUGGGGGGGUGUGUGGGGUGGUUUGGGGGUGGGUGGGUUGUGGGGUUGGGGGGGGGGGUUUGGGUGUGGGGGGGUGUGGGGUGGUUGUGGGGGUGGGGGUGGGGGGUGUGGUGUUGGGGGGGUGGGGGGGUUGUGGUGGGUGUGUUGUGGGGGGGGUUGUUGGUGUGUUGUGUUUGUUGUGGUGGUGUGGUGUUUGUGUUGUUGGUGGGUGGGGUGUGUGGUUUGUGGGUGUUGUGUUGGUGUUUGUGUUUUUUGUGUUGGUUGGUUGGGUGGUGUGUUGAGUGUGGGUGUUUUUUGUUUUGGGGUGGGGGGGGGUGUUGA